GCCCCUCCCACAGGCAGCUGGAGAGCCCAGGACCCGCGGGCAGAGAAAUCCUGGGUGUCCCUCCUCCCCUCCAGGAGUGGGUGGGUGAGGGGCUUGGGCACCAGCAGGUAAUGAGGUCACGGGCAGUAGCUGCUCAGAGCCUGCCUACCCAGGUCACUGUCGGCCAGAGGGCCUGGUCGCAUUAGGACAACAGACCCUGACGUGUGCAAACCUCAGGCCCAGGGGCCCCCCGGGGCUUGGCAGGUGAGGAGAGUUUUGCUAAACAAAUCCUCCACCCCUCCCAGCCUGGCUCACCCUAUCUGGGCCCACCCGCGGGCCGUCCCCAUCAGAAGCCGCCACCGCCAUGUCCAGCCUGGCUCUGCUGGGCCUCUCGGUUCUGCUGGGCCUCGGGGCAGGGGCCCCGCUGUGUCUGUCCCAGCAGCUCAGGAUGCAGGGGGACUACGUGCUGGGGGGGCUCUUCCCCCUGGGCGCCGCCGAGGACACGGGUCUGGGCCCCAGGACCCAGCCCAACACCACCAUGUGCACCAGGUUCUCAUCGCUCGGCCUGCUCUGGGCACUGGCCAUGAAGAUGGCUGUGGAGGAGAUCAACCGGGGGUCGGCCCUGCUGCCCGGCCUGCGCCUGGGCCAUGACAUCUUCGACACCUGCUCGGAGCCCGUGGUGGCCAUGAAGUCCAGCCUGGUGUUCAUGGCCGAGGCGGGCAGCUGCGACAUCGCCGCCUACUGUGACUACUCGCGGUACCAGCCCCGCGUGCUGGCCGUCGUCGGGCCCCACUCCACGGAGCUCGCCCUCAUCACCGGCAAGCUCUUCGGCUUCUUCCUCAUGCCCCAGGUGUGGGUGGCCAGCGGGGCCUGGCUGACCACGGCCCAGGUGCUGUCCCUGCCCGGCCUGGCCCAGGUGGGCACAGUGCUGGGCUUCCUGCAGCGGGGCGCCCCGAUGUCCGAUUUCCCGUCCUACGUGCAGGCCCGCCUGGCCCUGGCCGCCGACCCUGCCUUCUGCGCCUCACUGGACGCAGGGCAGCCGGACCUGGAGGGACACAUGGCCGGGCCCCGCUGCCCCGCGGCCGUGUACAGCGUGGCCCAGGCCCUGCACAAGACGCUGCUCUGCGACGCCUUGGGCUGCCCCCCACGGGCGCCUGUGCAGCCCUGGCAGCUCCUGGAGAACAUGUACAACAUGAGCUUCCGGGUGCGCGGCCUGCCGCUGCGGUUCGACGCCAACGGGAACGUGGACACGGUGUUUAAAAUAGCAUUCCUGGUGCACCGCCAGCCAGGCCGCCACGACGGUGCCCGCAGCCUCGCCUUCGCCAUGCUGGCCUACUUCAUCACCUGGGUCUCCUUUGUGCCCCUCUUCGCCAACAUGCACGUGGCCUACCAGCCCGCCGUACAGAUGGGCACCAGCCUCCUCUGCGUCCUGGGCAUCCUGGCCGCCUUCCACCUGCCCAAGUGCUACCUGCUGCUGCGGCAGCCGGCGGGCCCCGAUUAUUUUAUUUUUUUCUGA